GAUUUUAAUCAAAACAAUUCGCAGAAGAUCGAAGAUGUUGUUCAAAGCUAUUCUCAUCGCUGUCGUCUGUUCGAUGGCCGUGGCCCAGUCAGAUUUCCCUGUCCAGCAGGAGACGGCCAGAUUUCUCGCUCUUCAAGUCACGAAAACAACCGUUCAACUUGUAACAGUGACGGUGGACGAGACGAAGAAAUCGCUGUGCGCCAAUUUGGUGGAUGUCACUGGAGCGUGUCAACGACGAAAGAGAGGCAUGGACAAACCGAUCAUUCUUUCUUUCGACAACGACGAUAUCGACCUGUAUCAUCCAUCGCCCGUCCAACAAGUUGAAGCUACACCGGCCGUUGAUUUAGACGCACCAGGUCGUGUUGAAAUUCUGGAGAGUUCCAGCGAAACGCCCAUUGAAGUGGACAUUGUAGGCCUACAGAGCGAGUGUUACGGCCGUCGAUUUGGUCUCGUUUCAGCCUUAGCUUCCGGCGUGGCUUCCGUUUUGCCGGAAGUCAGUAGCGAUCUAGCUUCGAGCUUGACCUCUGUAUUGAAUUUGACGUUGAGAUUCAAAACGACGUUGACGGCCACGGUGACGGUCACGAACACGGUAACCGAUGGAAGUAAAACUUUCGUCGUGUCCGGAUGCACGCCCAGCCCUUUCUUGUAUCAGACUUGCUAAUUUUCUUCCAACUCGAUUUAUUUUGAAUUGACAUCAGUUAUUUGAAAUUGAUGCCGAUAUAUUAUUUAAAUACAGUAAGCGGGGUUAAGUUUUUCUUAAUGUUUGCCAUUUAUCAUACAAAUACUUGUGUUCAGGCGCACAAUGUCUUUUUCCAUUACAUAACAAUUCUAUUCAAUCAAUUCCCAUUCUUCUGAUGACCGUUGCAAUGCAUUUUCUUCCCAUUCUCUUUGUAUUCCAUGUACAAGCUAUAAUAAAUACUUAAACAGA